GGAUAUGGGAUUCGAAGUGAGUCACUGUGUCAAAGUUUUAGUUUUCAUUAUACUAUCAUAAGGUAGUAUAAGGAGAGUUCACAAUGAGAACUAAAUCCUUUUGUCAAGGGGCUCUUUUGGGCUCCUUGGUUUGCUUCUUGCUUGUUGUGAGUUGCUAUGCUGAGCAAGACCAAACCACUUCAGGACUUGGUGUACCAUCUCAUAACGAAGAGUUCAAUACAGCUGCAGACCUUGAUGAAGGGAAAUUCAAGAAACCUAUUCCCUUUUUUAAGAAGCCAUUCCCACCAAAAAUUCCAAUUUUCAAGAAGCCAAUUCCUCAUCCAAUUCCAGUUUUUAAGAAACCACUUCCUCCACCUAUUCCAAUUAUUAAGAAGCCAUUACCACCAAUUCCCGGUUUCGAAAAACCAGUUAUUCCACCAAUUCCAAUAGUAAAGAAGCCAUUUCCACCCUUCAAGAAACCAUCUCUUCCACCACUUCCACCUUUCAAGAAGCCACUUCCACAUUUCAAGAAGCCAUUACCACCAAUUCCAGGUUUCGAAAAACCAGUUAUUCCACCAAUUCCAAUAGUAAAGAAGCCAUGUCCACCCUUCAACAAACCAUCUCUUCCACCACUUCCACUUUUCAAGAAGCCACUUCCACAUUUCAAGAAGCCAUUACCAAUUAAGAAGCCUCUCCCACCUAUUCCAGAUUUGAAGAAACCAUUUCUUGAUGAGAAACCUAUUCCAUUUUUUAAGAAGCCUCCAAUUCCAGUAUUCAAAAAGCCAUUUCCCCAUCCAAUUCCAAUAAUAAAGAAGCCAUUCCCACCUCUUAAGAAGCCACUCUUUCCCCCUUUCCCAAUUCACAAACCAAUUGUCAAGAAACCUAUUCCAUAGAGAAAAAAAAAAGGAUUGCUAUAGUAUUACUAUAGUAAUUUAAUAAAGUGGAAAGAAUGAGUAAUUCUUAUCUAUUUAUGUAGUUCACAUGAUGUUAUUAUUGUUGUUGUAUGUCUCACAUUCCCAUCAAAUUUUAAAAAGGGGAUUGUAGUCCACGAAAUUACAAUCCUAUAAAAUUUAUUUCCCAAAGAUAA